AGACGCGAGCGAACGACCUUCCCCCCACCGCUUAUUAACAAAAUUAGACGAAAUUUACUAACAAUCUAGUCGGCCGGUUCCGCCGCUGCGCAUUUAUCAUAUGAUAGUUGAAAUAAUGUCAACGUCGUCGUCAAUCGAGUCGGCUUUGCGUUUCCGCGCCGAUCGUCUCCAAAACAUCAGAGUGACCCAUGACGGGACAAUUGCACGUCGCACCAACACUUCGUUUUUCACACGAGGGUUGGUCUUCACAAAUCGGCCAAUCAGAAUCAACGAAAAAGUCACAUUCAAAUUGAUGGAGCUGUCGGAGGGGUUGGGCGGGUUUGUCUAUGUGGGGUUCACGUCACGUGACCCUGACAACCUCCAAGGGGUCACUUGCCAGCAUUUGGCCAAAGGUUCGGGCUUUUGGUCGUGGUUUUUCCCUAAGGAAUUGUGUGGAACGCGAAGUACUUUGUUUUACUACAUUGGGGAGGGGGGCGAGGUUCACUAUGGGGUGGACGGGGUCGAGAAAGGGUUGUUCGAGGGCGUGGUGCGAACCAACCAAUCACUAUGGCCCUUAUUUGACAUUUUCGGCAAUUCGAGUGGCGUUAGGUUAAUCGAGGCGGAGUCACGAGAGACACGCCCUAAAGCGCGCGCCAAUCGCAAACUGGUCCCGAUGAUGUUGCACGAAACGCACAGUCGAAACGUCCGCAUUGAUAAAAACGUGGCCCAAAGGCUCGACGCGAAAUACACGCAAGGCUAUAUCUUCUCCAAACAGCCAAUCAAAAGCGAGCAAAGCAUAGUGAUUCAGAUUGCGCCCAAUGGCAGGGGGCGGUUUCAGGGGUUUGUCCAUUUGGGCGUGACGUCGUGCGACCCCGCCCUUUUGAACCGUGACGACCUCCCUGAUAAUGUCAAUUCGCUCGUCGAUAGGCCCGAAUAUUGGGUCCUGAUCUGUGAUUUCUCGAAUUUGAAUUGCGGUGAUGAGAUUGGGCUGGACUUGGCGCACGAUGGACCAAUCACGUUCCAUCUCAACGGCGGGAAGUUCAAAGGAGUGGUUCAUGUGGACGCGACCUUGAAACUGUACCUUUUUGUUAAUGUUUACGGUAGUUGUCAGGACGUUCAUUUGUCGACUUGUGCGGAACAAAGCAAGGUCGAGGAGAAAGAGUGCGUGGUGUGUUACGAUAACGUCAUCGAAGCGGCUCUGUACAGGUGCGGACAUACGUGCAUGUGCUUCGAGUGUGCCGUGGAACAGUGGCAGGGCAAAGGGGACGGACACUGUCCCUUAUGUAGGGCUGUGAUAAGGGAUGUGAUAAGAAUCAACAAGUGAUUAUGGCUGAGUUUCGCUUCCACGCCACCCACGGCGCCAACAUAUGCCUUUCGGGCAACCGCCAGAUCGCCCGCCGCCUCCCUGGCUACGGCAAAGGCCUUGUUUUCAGCAGCCGCCCCAUUCGAAUCAACGAAAAAGUCUCAGUCAAACU